AGAAAAUUUACAGUUUGUUUACAACUUUGAAGUGUCUAAAAGCAAUGAGAAAAAAGCAAGAGGAAGUGAUGAAAGAACUUUCAGAAAGAAGAAGCAGCAAAAAGUGUUUGCUUAUCAGCUUCAUAGCAAUAACAUCUACAGAUGAUGCCACCAAGCAUUGCUGCUGAUUGUCCUCAAGUGUGCUUUCUUCAAAGGAAAAAAGGAGUGGAAAGGGAGAAGCUGCUUGUUUUAGAUAAUGGCUUUGUUGUCUUUGAUGGGUUCACUUUUCCUCCUUCCUGGGUGUUUCUGUGAUCUGAAUGGCCCAACAACUGUGUUUGCAGUUGUAGGCACCUCAGUACAUGUAAACUGCACCUAUGAUCAAAAGUAUGAAGCAAAUGUGAAAUAUUGGUGCAGAAGAAUGAACAGAGAUUGUCCAAUCAUUAUUCAGACUUCAGGGUCAGAGAAACUGGAGAAAGUAGAGAGAAUCUCUAUUAGAGACAACCAUGCAUCACUCCAGUUCACUGUUACAAUGGAUAACCUAACCAGCAUGGAUACUGGAACCUACAACUGUGGGGUAAAUGUGAAUGGAGGUCCAAAUCAAUUGGCUCCUGUUGAUGUGACAGUAACCACUGAAAAAUCAAAUAGUCCUAAGCUCAGCCAUGACUUCUUUUCCAGCCUGGAUUCUAGUUCCAUCAGUUACCUGGUUUAUGUGUCUUUCAUGGUAUCAAUUGGCUUGAAAAUGCCCAUCCUCCUUUGUCUGACCUUUGCAAUGGGCUGGAUGUAUAAAAGGGACAAGCAGUCAUCUGCCCAGGUAGCAUCUGAGACACCUUCAUAAGAGCCCAAAACCUCAAACUCUGCACAGUUUAUUCUGAACAGCACAUCAAAAUCAAGAAGAUACAAGAACUAAACAUACAAAGUGGAUUCCGCUUUCACUCUUCUACUCACAUUUUCAUUCUGGAGGAAAAAAAAAAGAGGAAGAGGAAAGAGAAAUUGCCUAAUAAUACCCUUAUUGUUCAGAGGUUAAUGGAAGGUCUAGGGUUCCCCAGAACUAUUCAUCAGGCUGGGCAAUACAGAAACCAAUGGAUGCAGAAAGAAACAGAAAAAUCCCAAUAUUAGGCCAGAUUUUGUGUCUUGUUGUAGUUUAGAUUCAGUCUCAAGAUGGAGAUAACAGGCUAAUGAAUCAUCUGUGGGUCUACAUUUAUCAGGAUAUAUUCUGGGAUAGAGGGAUAUCAUUGUGUAGUAGUGUGUGUGAAAGAGAGAUUGCCAUUGUUAUUAUGAUAAUAAACUGAAUAAUAAAUUGAAUGAUAACUUGAUGGGUGCCUAAAUAAUCCGAAGGACCAGAUCAUGUC